AUGGCAGGUGGCAGUCCAGCAGCCAAGAGGGUAGUGGUGUCCCGGAAUGGGGACCCCUUCUCCCCAGGCCACCAGCUGGUGGUGACUCAACACUGCUUCCCCACCCUGGAGACCUUCCUCUGUGAUGUGACAUCGGCUGUGCAGGCCCCACUGGCCGUGCGUGCUCUCUACACGCCUUGUCAUGGCCACCCUGUCACCGACCUGGCAGACCUGCAGAACAGAGGGCAGUAUGUGGCUGCUGGCUUUGAACGAUUCCGCAAGUUCCCCUCUUUACACCCUAGAGGGGAGGAUCCAGGUGGGAAGAGCAGCAGACUAUCAGGCCCUCCUGUGAUUCAGCAGCCAUGUGAUGGGGCCCUUGGACAGCAGCUACCUGCAGGUUCCCCCUGCUGUAUCCAUGUGUUCAGGAAUGGGGACCUGUUAAGCCCCCCAUUUAGCCUGAAGCUGUCCCAGGCUGCCAGCAUGGACUGGGAAGCAGUGUUGAAACUCCUGACUGAGAAGGUGAAAUUACAGAGCGGGGCUGUGCGCAAACUCUGCACCCUGGAUGGGCUCCCACUGUCAGCAAGGGAGGCUCUGGUGAGUGGCCAUUACUAUGUGGCUGUCGGAGAGGGGUUCAAGGCCCUCCCCUAUCUGGUGCCUCGUCCCUCACUGCCCAGGGGCUGCUGGCAACCCCCAGACCCAAAGUCCAGGCUCCACAGCAGGGGGUAGGUGAGGCAAGGUACCGAUGGCCACAGAGCACAGGCAACCCAGUCCUCUCCAAAGGAAGCCAGGCAAAUUGAGCCAUCUGCUUUUUAUGCCAGCCCCCAGCAAGCUUUUCAGCAUGCUCUCCACUCUCUUGAGGGGACCCAAGAAUCCAAGGCCUUCUCUGCCAGCCUCGGACCUGAAGUCAAGGGAGUGUAUGGGGCUCCCCAUGCAAGGACAGAGACAGCACGGGCCCAGGGAGUAGCACAUGAUGAAGCCACCUGGACAGAGGCACCCCUGGAUCAGAGGGCAGCACAGGUAGUGGAAGAGGCCCUGAUCCUGGAAAGCCGGCGAGCUGGGGCAGCUCUCUCGGCCUUGGCCCCUGCUCUGCCAUCUUGAGAGCCAGCAGCUGCAGCCAGGAACUGGGGACCGCCACUCUGCGGCCACCAUUUAUCCUCAGCCUCCAGCGGCCGGUUCUCAAGGAAGCAGGGCCUCCCCUAGGCUCACAGGGUGCGCUGCAGCCCCUCUUCUGCCCCUAAACCCACAGCCCAGCCUCCUUUCCGCUCCCAGCAGAGCAGCCCAGCCCAGCCACAGAGGCCAUUUCCUUAUGAGGUUCUCUGGCCAGAGAGAUGAGUAGCCAACGGAGCUUCAGGGAAAGAACACAAACUGGGGAGUGGGUCGUCCCAAUAAAAGAAUACUUACCAACCUCCAUCUGUCUACUACACAUUUAUUACAGACUUCCGCUCACCUGGCAUUGCUCCAUACGUUGGGGUCUGGCAGUGCGGGGGCCCAUAGAUGUCGAUCGGUUUGAGAGGGGCCGGCACCCACCUCACAGGAGGGACAGGCAGGGCUAACAGCAAACUCCUCUCCCCAACGUCUGCUGU